ACUUUAUUUUCGCUUGCUAUCUUCAUUGUAUUGUUUUGGCAUCGCAAGAGAGACAGACGAAGGAGCCGCAAUUGUUGAUUCUCUUCAUUCAAUUCAAUUCAAUUCUUGCUUAGACUGUUCAUUCCUCCUCCUAAUCGUCUUCGGAAAGAUAACUAGAGGGAUUCGCUUUUUUUUUCCACCGACUUUGAAAACUGAAACAAUUAUAUACUUCAAGUGAGAAGUGAAGAUAGUAGUUUCUUGAAUGAAUGUGUAGUCUAGUUUGAGGAACAGACAGAUGGCACCGUUAUUUUAUAUACUUAUUGCGUUGCCCUGCACAAUAGGGGCUAUUGCUUUGGCACUUCUACAUAUAUACAGACAUCUUUUGAAUUACACAGAGCCUACUUAUCAGAGAUACAUUGUUCGCAUCAUUUUUAUGGUUCCGGUAUAUGCACUGACAUCUUUCUUGUCCCUUGUCUUCAAUGAGAGCUCAAUCUAUUUCAAUUCAAUCAGGGAAAUAUACGAGGCAUGGGUCAUUUAUAAUUUUCUGUCUUUGUGCCUGGCGUGGGUGGGGGGACCUGGAGCAGUUGUAUUAAGUUUGAGUGGUCGGAUUCUGAAACCAAGUAUGUGCCUGAUGACUUGCUGCUUUCCUCCCAUUCCUCUGGAAGGGCGUUUCAUAAGAAGAUGCAAGCAAGGUUGUCUGCAGUUUGUGAUACUAAAGCCCAUCUUAGUUGCAGUUACAUUUAUUCUCUAUUCGAAAGGGAGAUACCAUGAUGGAGAUUUCAGUGUAGACCAAUCAUACCUGUAUAUCACAGUUAUCUAUAUGUUAUCGUACUCGGUGGCCCUCUAUGCUCUUCUUUUAUUCUAUGUGGCAUGUCGGGAUUUGCUUCAGCCAUUCAAUCCGGUUCCCAAGUUCAUUUUAAUCAAGUCUGUCGUUUUUCUAACCUAUUGGCAGGGUGUUCUUGUUUUUCUAGCUGCUAAAUCUAAAUAUAUAAAAGAUAAAGAGGAUGCAGCCGAGUUUCAAGAAUUUAUCGUCUGCAUUGAGAUGCUGAUUGCAGCUGUUGGCCAUUUUUACGCGUUUCCAUACAAAGAAUAUGCUGGUGCGAAUAUUGGUGCCCCUCGUGGAUUCACUGCAAGUCUGGCCCAUGCUCUGAAGCUAAACGACUUUUACCAUGAUACAGUUCAUCAGUUUGCUCCAACAUACCACGAUUACGUGUUAUACAAUCAUAGUGACAAUGAGGAAGGGGGAGGACAGAAGAAGUACAGAUCAAGAACAUUUGUACCGAUGGGUUCUGAAAUGGAUGCUGUUAGAAAGAACAAGCAUUUGUUAGGGAACAAGCUGGACGACGUUCAACUCUCUUCUAUCAGCGUCUCUUCCUCUACUACUAGCAGUGUUUGUGACAGCCCCACGAGGAAGGCCACAACCACAACCACCAGCACCACCCAAGCUGCUGCUGCCGCUUCUUCAAAUACCGAGGCUGUGAAUUCCCCUCCCUUGUUAAUAAUGGAUGAUUCGGCAUCACCGUUUGAUCUUGGUCUCAUAGACAUAGACAUAGACAUGACAGAUUAUCCCGUUAAUGUUCCUGCUGCAUCAGGCAACACUGGUGUCACUAGCUGACGAAAGGGGUAUGUAUCCUGAAUCUCUAAGUUUUAAAUUCUUUUUCUUUGGGGUUAUUGGAUUUUAUGUUGGUAUUUUACUCAUGAAUGGAGGAGUGGAGUUGGGGGGGUAUAGGGGGAUAGGACCUGUCCUGUAUAUGUAGGCACAUUGAUUUGGUCUUUUGUAUUGAAAACCUAAUCUCUGAUUUUAGUGCUUGUACCAAUUUGAUGAAGUAUAAUGACUCUUUGUAUUAUAUACAACAAGUUUGAUAUCUUAAACUUCA